GCGCGAGUCGGUAGGCUUGGCCCUCGCGAGCGAGUGAGCGGAGUCGCGGCCUGUCAGAGUCCACAGUCCUAACUCGGCCUCAGGCUGCGAUAGAUCGUAUCUUUCGCACCGGCACCGGGCACUCCGCCGCAAGUCAUUCGAUCCCCGCGAUCGAGCGGAGUCGCGUGCGACUAGCAGCCGCGGAUCGCGAGCGUGCGUGCGCGCGAGCGCGCGGGGCGUAAAUUGAGCCUCCUUUUUCUCCACGCCGGCCGGAUCGCGAGUGAUCGAGCGACCCUUGACUUUGCCGCGGAAAAAUCCCCCGCGGGGUGGGGUGACUCGACUAACCCUCACCUGUCAUUAAUUUUUUUUCGCCGAGCGUCACCACAGGCAAAGAAGCGGACGCGAGGACGGAUUAUCGUGAUCGCGUUCUUAAAAGAACGGGAUACCGGGAUACUGUUACAAGAGAUGCCCCCGAGAUCACGGUGUUGUCAAAACCACGUCGUCUGAGCAAACGAGUCGUAAAUCAGAUUGAAAGAUGCAGGCAGCACUGCCCCUGCUGUCUAUCCUCCUGAUCCUUCUGCAUCACUCGGGAUGGACUCACGGACUCUGCAAGCUGGAGAACAGCACCACGGCGUGGUGCGAUCAGCUGGCGGACCUCAAGCAUAUCGAGGAGACACAUGGUCUGCUGGAAAUGUUGGGCGCCCCGGCCGCACAAGACGUUUUAAUCCCGGGCCUCCUCGACAAUCUGACUAGCCUUAGGCAUCUUGACCUAUCCGAGGGCGAGCUAAAGAAGAUCGAACCAGGAAGUUUUCGAACGUUAAGUAACUUAAAAAGUCUCAAUCUCGGCGACAAUCGCAUCGAGUACCUGGAACUAGCGUCCCUCGAGGGCCUGACUCAUCUGCGAAGCCUGAACCUACGAAGGAAUGCCAUCAAGCAACUGCCACCAGCGCUGGCGCGCCUGAAGAAUCUUAAGCAUUUGGAUAUUUACGGUAAUCCGCUCGAGUGCAACUGCGCCACCCUCAAAGUCCGCGAUCUUAUCGUGCAGAGGGGCGUGACGAUGUCGAAGAAGGUCGUGUGCGCCGGUCCCGGCAACAUGAAGGGCACAUCGCUGACGAAGCCGAACGCGGCAAUCAUCUGCAGCUUCGAGCAGCAGGAUCGGGAAAUGCAGAACGAUCAAGCGGAGGGAUCCGGGGAUUUGGGAUCCGGGGACGUGUUAGGAGAGGAGGAAGACGAGGACGAGUACGUGGAGGUGAACAGCACGUCAGAAAAGUCGAAAGAACCAGAAGUCGAGACACCUUUCCCCUCAUCGGAUUCCACGGAAUCGUCCACUUCGAAGGUACUCGCUACCGGCGUAACAGCGAAUUCCUUGGAACGUAGCGCCGAGGACGAGGAAAUUUUCUUCGACAAUGAAGACAAGAAGAUGCAUACAUCCACGACGGAGAUGUCGCAGAAGAAAGAGGAGAUUAAGGACGCUCUGUUUUAUCCAAAGGAGGGCUCCGGCGACGAGGAGGAGGCUUCCGGCGAGGGAUCUGGCGCCACUGGACCGUAUUACGACGAAGGCGAAACUGAGAAGGAAGACACCAAGGAGGAAUCGGUGGUAACUAGUAUAUGGAAUACGAUUAUUGAUGGUAUUAUGGGAAGCUCCGCGACUACAUCAAAACCAACGACCAAAGACCCGGAUCUUGUGGACGAACAAUUUCUGGACAUGUCUUCCACUGAAGAAUCGAUCGAACCUAGCAAGGGCCAUUCGGUCGAGUCCGACCUUGAUAAAACAACGGAAGUCACCACGAAUGUUAUACCGCCCAAUUCGAAUGUCAACGAUGUAUUAGUGAUGAGACCUCCUGCCACGGAUGACGAUAAAUCUGGUAAUAUCGUGAACAGUGAAAGUACCGAACAAGCAGUGUCCUCGCCCAAGCAGCCCAAGAAAGGCAUGGGCUCAUACGUCGUCUUGGCAGUACUUCUCGCCAUUGUGGCGGCGCUGAUCGGUUUCGCCGCGUACAGGGGCGAGAUAUGCAGAAAGAGGAAACCACCCGACGUAGAGACAGGCACCGAAAUGAAAGAGAUACAGAAGUCUCUUCUGGAGCACGGUGAAAAUUCGACUCGACCGAAGAAGGAGGAGAACACCUCGCACCACGUAACGGAACUCGAGAGCGAUCCUCUCGUGAAGGUUAAGCCCGCUGGCGACGACGCGAAGGUAGACGAGAUCCACGACGAUGACCAUCGAACCCAAGAAGCGCCGCGUCUCAAUGGCACCGUUGAUCACUCGGAACCGGUAAAACCGCCGAGAAAGCAGCUUUCGCACGACGAAAAUGCAAUUUCGCAGAACGGCGAGGUGAGAGAGGACAGACCUCGCGUGGACGUGAAUUCUCUGAAGAAGAACUUCCUGGAGGACAAGCUCCCGCAGCCGUCCACCUCAUUGACGGCGACGACCAACGGACCGACGACGCACGUACCGGAGACCAACGGACCACCGCUCAGCCCCGGGGCUCAAAGAGUGAAGAUCACCCUCCAGGAUAUUCCCGACAGUGUGCCAAAGACGCCCAUACUCAUCACGCGAACAAUGGCUGGUGAGAAUCUAGUCAAGACGCCAUGAAACAGCGGGGCGAGAGAAUCCACGUGAGAUCUACGAACGUUAUAUCGACCGACCGGCGUCUAUCGAACGUGGGAAAUCGAGGGACAAAUAUGUGUGAUGCGGGAACGAUGGAAGUUUUCUUUUUUUUUUAUGCGACGUGUCCCAGAUGUGAUUUACAUAAUAAACACCGUUGUUCCUAGGGCUACACGCAAAUCGACUCCUCGCGAUGGAUUUUCGUAAUGGGGGAUAAAGAUUAUCGAGUCAAAGACCAUUCACGCGCUGACCUGGCUAGAGGAUUAUUGUUUUUCGGCAGGAAGCUGAGAGUGUGCGAAAGGUGCCCGAGAAAUAUACAGAUGUAAACUCGGGCCGUCUUCGUCGAACAAUCGGAUGCACAAAAUGCUAUAUGUAUAUAUUUGCUGAAACUAUAUGCUGUGCAAAGUAAUGUCUUCCGGGUAUCGUGUAUUCUCUUCUAUUUGUGACAGUCGACUAUAAGGAAAUCUCGCGAAAUUGCGUAAAUUUCAAUUUUCGUGAAAUUUUACACAUUUAAGCGAGACAAACGGAUGAAUUUAUAAAUUAUCAGUUGGUAAUAGUUCGAACUAUUUUUAUCAAAUCAACUGCCUGCUCUUCUCAUUUUAAUUAAACGAACAAUACGCGAUAUCCUGGACAUUUUGUAACUACACUAUGCCCGGUAGAAAUCCGCGGAAUAACAUUUGAAGUUAACGCUACGGUACACUAGUCAGUCUUCCUAACGGGUCUUGCGUGUCCUGUGAGCGCCAGAGCGAGGACCUCGAUGAGAUUCCCGCGGUUUUAUUCGCGGUUGUGUCGCGCGAGAGAUCGCAUCGCGAGGAUCCUUAGAUUAAUCGACAAAAUGUUUCGCCUUACGUCGGGCGUCGAUGAGCAUUCCAGUUCUGCCAUAUUUUUCUACGCAUCGAAGAUUAAUGUUAUACCGUCGCGUUGCACCGGACCGCCGUCCUUCCGAUCGAAGUUCAGUUUGCUAACGCGUACCUCGUAGUUUUUAACGCGACGUUUUUAACGUACGACACGUUCGGCUUGGACACGAAAGAAUUUGUAAUUCAAUAAGAGGUAAAGUUUGCCAAUGACGAAUACCCAAGUGACCUUUGGGUGGACGAAGUGUUUGUAGUACGGAGGUGCAAGCGUUUGAUGAACGAUUUGACGAUACUGCUAACGCCGUAGGAACCAUUUAUUCACGUCAGAGAAAAUAUAUACGUAACUGUUCUGUUAUCGUGUUACUCCUCUUGUAGCGGACGCGCGAACCUCUCCGCGAAUCUGCGGAGGCACGCAGUUUUUGGAAAGGCCAGGGAUUUCUGUAUUUUCAUUGAUUAAUGUUUGCAUCAACGUACGUAUUUGUUGCGCAAAUUGAGCGACGGACAGAUUAUGCGCGUGACGGGUACCCCAUCGCAUGAUUAUCAGUUUAAGUGGACGCGUCAUGUAGCUGUGCGGCGGCGUGACAAAGCGCCGCGAUGUGUUAUCAUAUUAUACCAUUACUAUCGAUUAUUAUUAUUUUCUUUACGUUACAAUUCCUUAAAAGCGAAAUUUGUCACGAAUGCUGUGUCACGGCGUAUAUGUAUGAUUUAAUUUUAAGGUAGCGCGGAACACCCCGGUUAGAUCGAAACCUUGUCCCGACGAUAACGCAUCGUCGGGUUUAACUUAGCGAUAAAGUAAGGAGCUCAGUGAAGAUUGUAAGACUUUACCUAUUUAUAUGUUCAGCCUUUGGUCAAUAAAAGAAGAGUGUUAUUUUGUUGA